AUGAUAAAAUUAUUCUUAUUCAUAAGUAUUUUAAUAUCAUUAUUAAAUUUAAUUCAUUGUCGUUAUGCUGAAUGGGAAGAAAUAAAACCAUAUUGUGGUAUACGUCCUGAACCAAAAUGUUGUAUUAGUCGAAAUGAUAAUUGUUUUAUGCCAUAUUAUGAUUCUCGAUGUUAUUGCGAUACAUUUUGUUUUCGUGGCAUAGAUAAUCAUGAUUGUUGUCCUGAUCAUGAUGCUGUAUGUGAAGGUAAAAAUACAUCAUUACCAACAACAACACCAAAACAAAUUCAAAAUUGUUUGGAUACAAAAACUGGUCGAAAAUAUUCAUUAGGUGAAUCAUUUUCACAUGAUUGUAAUUUAUGUCGAUGUAUUACACUUGGUUAUCAAACAACAUUAUCAUGUGAAGAAGAUCUUUGUAUUAAUAAUCCAGAUCUUAUAUCAUAUGUUAAUAAUAAACAACCAUAUAUUGGUUGGACAGCAACAACAUAUGAUAAAUUUAAUGGUGUUAAAGUUAAAGAUGCAUUAAAAUAUUAUCUUGGUACAUUACCUGAUCGAACAUUACGUACAAUGGUUGAUAAUGCACCUCAAGAUAUGGAUGAUUAUCAUCGUAUGGAAACAAUUAAUUCAUUUGAUGCUCGUACAAAACCUACAUUUAUUGGUAAAAUUCGUGGUAUACGUGAUCAAGGUAAAUGUGGUAUAUCAUGGGCAUUAUCAACAGUUGAUGUUGCUGCUGAUCGUUUAUCACUUGUACAAAAUAUAACACUACCAAAAGAACCUUUAAGUGUACAAAAUAUACUUUCAUGUACAGAUCAAGAUGCUAAAGAAAAUUGUCAAGGUGGUCGUGUUGCAUAUGCAUGGGGUUUUAUAAAAGAUCGUGGUGUUGUUACAGAAAAUUGUUAUCCAUAUGAAAGUGGUAAAACAGGUAAUAUAGAUGAAUGUAAACUUCAUUUAUCUGAUACUGAUUUACUUAUGAUUGGUCAACAUCGAAAAUUAAAAAAUAUUAAAUGUCCAUCAAAUAUUAAUAAUGGUGAACAUUAUAAUUUUGGUCCUGCUUAUCGUAUUCGUGAUGAUGCAAAUUCAAUUAAAUAUGAAAUAUAUUAUCGUGGUCCUGUACAAGCAACAAUACGUGUUACACCAGAUUUUUUCUUAUAUAAAUCUGGUGUUUAUCGUUGUGGUGGUUCAAGUUAUCAUAAUCAAAAUCCACGUUAUGCUAAUUUAGAUGCAUAUCAUUCAAUUCGUUUACUUGGUUGGGGUACCAAAACUGAUCCAAGUACACAAAAAGAAGAAAAUUAUUGGAUUGCAGCAAAUUCAUGGGGUACUGGAUGGGGUGAUAAUGGUUAUUUUCAUAUUCGUUUUGGUGAAUGCGAAAUUGAAGAUACAGUUAUUGCAACAUAUGGCAAAUCAACAGAUGUAUUUAAAAAAAAGAACAGACGUCAAUAA